CAGCUGCUCUGUGGAUACAUACACUUGUUGAAUCAGGUCUCGUUCAGUGCGAGCGGCAGGUUGUGUGCAGCAUCGCUUAAAAUCUGAAAGCUUGAGAACGAGAACACACUCAAGAGCGGCUGGAAUAUAUUAUAUAAACUUACAUCGACGCGAGCUGCAUUGACAGGACAGGUGUUUUGAUGUCUGCACAGCGAUCAUCUCUCUUGCCAUGUCUGCGUACUGCCCUAAGCUACGGGUUUCUUAUGUUGGCUGCUCUGCCAGACUUAACCACAGGCCGGAAUUGUUCCCACCCGCUCGUACCAGAGCAUGGAGGUUUCCGCUGUGAUCCUUCUCCUUGUCGAGGUUUUCCUCAUAAGAGCGUCAUUCACUUCUUUUGCGAGCCGGGCUAUACUCUUCCCUCACGCCGCAAUUGGGCUAAAUGUAAUCAUGGACGCUGGCAGCCGGGCAUGCCCACCUGUAUACCCAGACCAGAGGGUCAUGCUGAACAACAUGAAAAAAUGGUCAGCUCUAUCCCAAGUGUGGCUACAACUGCAAUUGGGGUGUCCAUCUUCCUUCUUACCACAACGGCCUGUUUAGUGAUCAAGUCCCGUCUGCUUUCCUGUCGUUCACAAAGGAGGUCCUCCGAUCAGCUGGACCUUGUGGUUGAUGGGUUACCCGUUUCUCUUCCCACAUAUGAAGAGGCGAUCUACGGCAGCUGGGGUCAACGACUUUCACCCUUCCGCGGACCCACUCAGCUCCUGUUGGCACAGGACGCGUCAGAACAUAGUCCUCUGACAUCACUCAUACGAUCAGAUACCAGCCAUUGCACAGACACAGCCAAUCAGAGCACAGAGACUCCUCCACCGCCAUACGAAGAGGUCCAGUCACAAUCCAGAGUCGGUGGAAGCGAUAUUGAUGGACGGGAUUCGCAAAGUGCACUUUCUGUUGAUAAAACCAACUAAAGACUUGAACUUAACUCACCUUUAGCCUUGUGAUUGUUCAGUUCCUGGCACAGGCAACAUGUCCUUGCCUGCGAUGAUGGAUGAUAGAUUUUCUAGAGGUCAACUUCUAUGGCUUUCACAGUGAAGUCCUCUAACUGAAAUGUCGGGAUGUUUUGCAAUGACCGUAUUGGUCCGACAUAGAUAUGUUUUCUAGGUGAAGUGCUGCAAUAUUGAUGAUGUUUUCGGUGACAAUCUGAAGACUGUUGUCUCUCCUCCAUGAGGGGAAUUAGAUCGUGGUGUUCAAGAGUAGUUUUAUGAAGAACGACUUUUAUGUAAUGUAGGCAUCACAUUAGGAAAUCAAGAUCUAUAUACUUCGAAGAUGGAAUGCUGUGUAGUUAACUUUAGUGGUGGCAACCCUUCCCAGAAUUCCUCAUGAGCAGGCUCAUGGAAACUGGUUUUAGCCUGCCUGGAAAGAAUAUGAAUCAUUUAAAUUCUAUUUAAACUCCGAAAAGCUUUUUGCACUCAAACCCCCUCACUCAGUGUUUCAAAGAGCAUUGCGAUCGAAUGUGUUGGCCAUGAAACAUGGACCGACUAUGAUUGUAGAAUAAAUCAAACUUAAUCCUUCCACCCAAAUAUAUAUAUAAUUAUCUGCUGUUAAAUAUUGCAUUGACAUGUAGAACAGACUUGAAGUCUUCUGUCUGAUUGGACAUUCAAUGUGUUUUUGCUUUUAUUUUUUAUGGUAUGUAACAUUUACAUUGUCAUGUAUAUAAUGCUCAAUGCACAAUUGGUAAAUGUUUAAUAUUUUAAUAAUGCUAAUAUUUUUAAUCUUUAUGAAUGGAGUGUUUGCUAUUAAAAUCUAUUUUAAAUGGC